UUUGUAUGUACAUAUAUGUAUCAUACACAUAUGUAUAUGCAAAUAAGCUGAUUAUUUAUUUGUCAACUAAUCUUCGUUGUACUAUCAAAUAAAUAAAGUCAUUGAACUAAUGAUCUAUAAGUGACCUUACGGCAUACAUCAUCUGCGGACUACGGAUAAUUGGAAUAUAAUUUGUUCAUUCAUGCAAUCCUAUACAUAUCUUCAUAAUAUCUUAAUGAUCCGAUGCAGCAACAUUAAGGAAAUAAAUAAAUAGGAAAUUGAGGGAGCUAAUUGUAUAAAUAAUUAGUAAGUAAUGCAAACUAAUUAUAACAUAGAAGGAGAAUAAAUGUAUCAUGGAAAUGUGAGUUGUCCAAUUUUUGAAGCUUAUGAGACAAAUUAUUUGCAAAAUUUGUAUUUUUUGACAUGGAUAUUACAUAUACUUGGGUUUUCGUUACAUUAGCGUUAGCUUUAUCUGUAAUUCAAAUUAGUUUAGGAAUUACUAAUCAAGGAGCCACUGGGGCCACUAAAAAUGUUGACGAUGAAACCGACGCAUCUCUAGUGGAUGACUGGAUUAACCGAAAAAAUACCCCUGAAUCUCUCACUCCUAAAUCUGAUCUUAACGAAACCUCAACAAAGAAGGGCUGCCAAUGCGUAAAAUAUUACAUGUGUAAUUCUGUGAGUGGUGGGCCUGUGAAUAAAACGCAUAGCUUAAAUGAAACACAAGCUGAAGAUCCACAAGAAAUUUUGGGCGUGGUUGACAUUAGAAGACCGAAUUCAACAGGGACAGAGCUUAAAGUAACAAAUGGUGGCUGCAAACAUUACUUUGAGGUUUGUUGUACGAACGUGAAAACAAGCGAUGAGAAACCUCAACCUCCAGAAGAUCCAAAGCCAGAUGUAUUAACCGUUAACAAGACCUGGGUCCACAAAGGCUGUGGUCAACGGCACGAAAAUGGUAUUGGAUUCAAAAUUACUGGAGCUACGGGUGGCGAAUCUCAAUUCGGUGAAUUCCCAUGGAUAGCCGCUGUCGUUGAAGAAGAAAUUGUAGAGGAGGAACGACCUGAUGGGGUCAAAGUGAAUAUGACCAGAAAUGCUUUGCUGUGUGGAGGUUCAUUGUUACACCCCCAAGUCGUAUUAACGGCAGCUCACUGUGUGUAUGAGAUUGCAAAUUCGCCAAGAUAUCAACAACUCAAAGUUCGAUUAGGUGAGUGGGACACUCAGACCACAGAUGAGCCUUAUCCUUAUCAAGAUCGUAAAGUAAAAGAAGUAAUAAUUCACAAUCAACUCCUUCGGAAGUCUCUGUAUAAUGACAUUGCACUGCUUGUACUUGAAAAAGAGGUGAAACUUACGGCAAACGUUGAUACCUUGUGUCUACCCCCAAAGUCGUUAACUCCAAAGGAUUUUGAUGGUCAGGUUUGUCUAUCGUCCGGAUGGGGGAAGAAUAGUUUUGGAGUUGAAGGUCGAUACCAGGAAAUAAUGAAAAAGACCGAAAUUCCUAUCGUUCCAAGAGAGGAUUGUCAAAGUGCUCUCAGAAAAACAAGGCUCAGAGACAAAUUUUUAUUACACGAGUCGUUUAUUUGCGCUGGAGGCAUUCCUGGGAAGGACACUUGUGUGGGAGACGGAGGCUCGCCCCUUUUCUGUAAGGACCUCAACUCACAAAACUAUGUCCAAGUUGGUAUUGUGAGUUGGGGCAUAGGUUGUAAUUCUGAAACGCCUGCCGUUUAUGUCAAUGUUCUCAAUUUUAUACCAUGGAUUUUAGAAAAGAUGAAGAAACGACAUUUGGAUACUAAAUUUUGUUCAUUAGAGUAAAUACCGGAGCAUAUUUAUGUUUGUUUCUCCAUAUUAUUUCAGAAACAAUAAACCUCAAAAGCAACAGGUUAACCUCGCUCA